UCUAAAACCCUACCCUACCCCUUCCACCCGGGCACUGUGCUAGACCGAGACGUGGGGUGAGUCCUCAUUGCUCUAAAACCCUACCCUAACCCUUCCACCCGGGCACUGUGCUAGACCGAGACGUGGGGUGAGUCCUCAUUGCUCUAAAACCCUACCCUAACCCUUCCACCCGGGCACUGUGCUAGACCGAGACGUGGGGUGAGUCCUCAUUGCUCUAAAACCCUACCCUAACCCUUCCACCCGGGCACUGUGCUAGACCGAGACGUGGGGUGAGUCCUCAUUGCUCUAAAACCCUACCCUAACCCUUCCACCCGGGCACUGUGCUAGACCGAGACGUGGGGUGAGUCCUCAUUGCUCUAAAACCCUACCCUAACCCUUCCACCCGGGCACUGUGCUAGACCGAGACGUGGGGUGAGUCCUCAUUGCUCUAAAACCCUACCCUAACCCUUCCACCAAGGCACUGUGCUAGACCGAGACGUGGGGUGAGUCCUCAUUGCUCUAAAACCCUACCCUAACCCUUCCACCCGGGCACUGUGCUAGACCGAGACGUGGGGUGAGUCCUCAUUGCUCUAAAACCCUACCCUAACCCUUCCACCCGGGCACUGUGCUAGACCGAGACGUGGGGUGAGUCCUCAUUGCUCUAAAACCCUACCCUAACCCUUCCACCCGGGCACUGUGCUAGACCGAGACGUGGGUCCAACACCUAUGUACCCCCCUACAUAUCUAGAGCCCGGAAUAGGGAGGCACACGCCGUACGGGAACCAGACAGAUUACAGGAUAUUCGAGCUCAAUAAACGUCUACAGAACUGGACAGAGGAGUGUGACAAUCUCUGGUGGGAUGCCUUCACUACAGAGUUCUUUGAGGAUGAUGCCAUGCUGACAAUCACUUUCUGCCUGGAAGAUGGACCCAAGCGAUACACAAUUGGUCGGACGUUGAUUCCUCGCUAUUUCCGCAGUAUCUUCGAAGGGGGCGCCACUGAGCUGUACUACAUCUUAAAGCAUCCUAAGGAAUCAUUUCACAAUAACUUUGUGUCUCUGGACUGUGACCAGUGCACUAUGGUCACACAGAAUGGAAAGCCCAUGUUUACACAGGUGUGUGUGGAGGGCAGGCUGUACUUGGAGUUCAUGUUUGAUGACAUGAUGAGGAUAAAGACAUGGCAUUUCAGCAUAAGGCAGCACCGUGAGCUUAUUCCUCGCAGCAUCCUUGCCAUGCAUGCCCAGGAUCCCCAGAUGUUGGACCAGCUGUCUAAGAACAUAACGAGAUGCGGCCUCUCGAACUCCACACUGAACUAUCUCCGACUGUGUGUAAUUUUAGAGCCCAUGCAGGAGCUGAUGUCCAGACACAAGACCUACAGCUUAAGUCCCCGUGACUGCCUCAAGACAUGUCUGUUUCAAAAGUGGCAGAGAAUGGUAGCGCCCCCAGCGGAGCCGGCGAGGCAGCAGCCCAGCAAGCGCAGGAAACGGAAGAUGUCAGGAGGCAGCACCCUGAGCUCCGGAGGGGGCACCAACAAUAACAGCAACAGCAAGAAGAAGAGCCCAGCCAGCAGCUUCGCUCUCUCCAGUCAGGUACCUGAUGUGAUGGUGGUGGGAGAGCCCACUCUGAUGGGAGGGGAGUUCGGGGACGAAGACGAGCGUCUGAUCACACGGUUGGAGAACACGCAGUUUGACGCUGCCAAUGGCAUCGAUGACGAGGACAGUUUCAACAACUCCCCAGCGCUGGGAGCCAACAGCCCCUGGAACAACAAAGCUCCCUCCAGCCAGGAAAGCAAGAACGACAACCCCACAUCGCAGGCAUCCCAGUAAAAGGGGGAGGAGCGGGGCGCAGCAAGGGACGGGACUAGAUCCCAACUGUGUAGGGACUCCCUGUAAAACACAUUCUAAACAGCGCCAUUCCACUCCGGUCCUUCAGCUCUGUACAUGCUGGCAUGCUGCACUCUGCUUUGGAUAAGAUCACAUGGCAGCUGUAAGGUCCAGUGUUUUCCAGCCUGUGGAAUUCAUACUGGGCACUGCUGUGUUGCACACAACGAGGUGCAACAGCGAUGCUGCUGGCUGAAGUGCUACUCAGACGCAGCAGGAGUUUUGUAAGCAAACAGUUUUAGUUAACAGUGCAAUGGAAUCUGAUCAGUGCCAGCUUUGUUCCAACCAGAACCUAAAUACCAGUUUUAAAGUAUGCUUUGCUAACUGGUGUGCAUUAAAGACAGCAAUCCACUGUGUCUCCAAGACUUUAGUCUGGAUUUUCUUUCUGUGCACUUCAGGCUAUGAUGCAAAUUUUUAAAAUUUUAAAUUAUUUUUUUUUUAGGACCUGGUUGGAACAAAAACCCGUACUGUUCUGGAGCUCGAGGACCGGAGUUGAGAAUCACUGCGUUAAAACUUAAAUACAAACAAACAGUAAAGCAUUGAGGUACUUGGGAUUUGGUUGUGCACAGCCAGAUAUCUUCACAACUCCAGAUAUGCUCACAUACCCUGAUUCUAUAAGUAGUUUCCAACAGGGACACUGUGCUUUAUUUCCAUCUAUGUUUAAACUCAGUAAUUUCUUUAGUUUUUUUGUUAAUCAAAUUUUGAUAAUUGUGAGGAGUCUAAAGAUUUUUAUAGAACAACAAAAAAUGUAAUGUUCCAAAAAUCGAACGACAAACUUGUGAUUAGACUAAGCUUUGUAGGGGUUUGGAAGCAAGGGGUCUAAAAGCAUUAAUGUUGUGUUUGUGUGUGUGGGUUUGCCUGCCUGUCUGCCCUGCCCAGCCUGUAUUGCAGGAGGCAUUAAUCUGCUGCCCGGACCUCCUGAAGGACAUGCUGUGUGAGGGAAGGGAUUGCUGUGGACUAUUGGAAUACAAAUGAACCCUUCUCUGCCCCUCUGUGUUCCAGCAGGUAAUACACAGGGAUCCCUGCUGUGAAAAUGAACAACAUUGAUCUCUCGCAAAGCCUGCUAGUAGGCAUUUGCUGGUAGAGUCUGUGGCUGUGCUGGGUGGAAGUUUGGUUUGGGGAUUUGCAGCUGCAUGUAUCUUUAAUACUGGAGUCCAGCAGUUCAAGCCUGAGACAUUUAAAGCCUCUGUUUUGCACUGCUCUGACCAGUGCCAUGGCUGGGAAGGGGAUGAAAUACCUUAAUAAAGACAACAUGUACAAGAGAAUGUUUCUUACCAGGCACUUCAUUUAAUAAUAAAAAACACUGGAUCCACUGAAACCCGGUACCUCUGAAUAUUAACAGGUUAAUUAAUGAGUGAGUUCUGUUUCUAGUGGGCUGUAUUUCCCUGCUCAUGUUUUUUACUGAUCCUGAAAGCUACACGCCAAGGAACGAGGCUUCGAGCAAGAUCCUUUAAAUCCCUCCCUAAAAUACAUUCUUUAGUUUUGUUUUUUUAAAGGAAAAAAGUAAGCUUGUGUGAAGUGUUUUUUUUUUUUGUUCUUUUUAUAUAUACAUUUCUCUGUGUAUUUGUGCUUGUAUAUUUAAGGUAGUAGCAAAGUUCUGUAUAACUGUAAUUAAAUGUAUUCCUUAUUUAGAGCACCCAGAAGCCUGCCCUGUCUAAUGUAAAAAUAAUAAUAAAAAAAAAAAAAAAAAAAAAAAAAAACUUUUUUGACAUGAUUUGAGACUGGUGAAUUUCUGGGUACUCUCACCAUUUGGAACCCCUCCCAAUGUGUUUUCUUUGUUUAUGUACAUUUGUUUACAUUCAUCUUGAUGAUAUUAUCCCACUUUUCACACCCAUUGGUUUAAGUGCCCUGUACAAUGUUAAUAGAAGCGUGGAAACCUGUUUUAUCAAUAAGCUAAUAGACCCUCUUGCCACUGUAUACUGCCAGUCUUGCAUUCUGUCCUUUGGUUCACCUUGCUGUUUAUUCACUGCACAAUGGGCAGACCUUGCCUGUUUUGUGCCACAACCCACACACAACUGAGCACACAAGACGUUUAGCCGUCUUUUAUAAAUGUUUUUUGACGUUGCAAUCAAGCGGUACCUCUUGCAACGUGUGUGUGUGUGUGUGUGUGUGUGUGUGUGUGUGUGUGUGUGUGUGUCUACUCGCUUUCUGAGAAUGAAGGGACACUUUGAAACCUCACCUGAGUGAUGUGCACCUCCACCCCUGAAACAUUUUGUAACUAUUCUGUAUUGUAGACUUGCUUCUUGUAAGUGUCCAGCUCCAACCUAUAGAGACCCAGUCCAGAAACCAGAGCAAGGCUAAUUUGGUUGGAUUUUUAAAGAGCUUGCUUUCUUCUCUGAGGUUUUUUGGUACGAUUUUUAAAUGCAAACCGAAUGGUGAUUUGUACCCUCCAAUCUUCCUGUAGAGCCCUUGUCUGUGGGGCAGUGUAAUAUUUUUUGCAUAGUGUGUGCCAUUAAUAAUUCCUGUAUGGUACUACUAAAGAUGAAUUUUCACUUUAAUAAAAUGGUGAGCUUUUAUUUGCA